AUGUUGCCACCUGUGAAGAAGGACAGGAUCAUAACUCAGCUCCCACAGUGUUUCAGUCCAAAUGCAGCCCUGCACACCAAAGAUGGCUUCCAUCCACAGGUGAAGGCUGCUUGCCAGGUGCAGAAGACAGGCACAGUAAGCUUUAAUAUCGCCAAGGUUAUUGUAGUGGGAGAUGUUGCAGUUGGAAAGACGUGUCUGAUCAGCAGGUUUCGUAAAGGUGCAUUUGAAAAGAACUACAAAGCAACCAUCGGGGUGGAUUUUGAGAUGGAGCGUUUUGAAGUGCUCGGUGUUCCCUUCAGUUUACAGCUGUGGGACACGGCCGGUCAGGAGCGAUUCAAAUGCAUCGCUUCAACAUAUUACAGAGGAGCUCAAGCCAUUAUAGUUGUGUUCGACUUGAGCAGUGUAAAUUCUUUAGCCCAUGCCAGACAGUGGCUGGAGGAUGCUAUGAAGGAAAAUGACCCAUCCAGUGUUUUAUUGUUCCUGGUCGGUACUAAGAAGGACCUCAGCUCUCCUGAUCAGUUGGCUCACGUCGAGCAGGAAGCCAUCAGACUGUCAGAGGAAAUCAAAGCCGAGUACUGGGCUGUGUCUGCUGUGCCAGGAGACGGUGUCAGGGAUUUCUUCUUCCGCGUGGCCUCUCUGACUUUUGAGGCCAAUGUUUUGUCUGAGCUGGAGAAAACUGGCUCGAGGAACUUUGGAGACAUAAUCAACAGCACAGAAAACAACCACAAACCCAUCAAGAGGAGCUCCAACUGCUGCUGAGACUAGAGAACCAACGACUGCCGUGAUACACUCUGCACCGACUAAACAGCAACGAAUUACGCUGAAGGAGAAACUGAAAUAAGAAUCUGCAUGCUCAAUGACAUCUUGAAUCGAGCCUUUGAAAAGCAGCAUCAUCUACAUUUUAUUGCAUUUGUAGUGCCUGCAGAUAGCAUGAGAAGGAGCUAGUUCUGUUUCAGAUAAUGAAGUUGAGCUGUAAACAGCCAUAAGUCUUCUCAGGGAUGUUUGUACUGCCGGCCUGGGUUACAACAAAUAGAGCUUUGUGAUAUGCUUAUUGAGCAUUUAUGAAUCGAGGGACAUUAUUCUCCUCUAGAUCUUUUAUUAAAUAACAAUAUGUUGAUGAUUUCAUAAACUUGUGUCUGUCCGUCAACGGAAACAUUUAUUUUCCUGCGACAAGCAAAUGUUUGUACUCAUGCAUUUUUGGUGGGUUUCCUCACUGAUCUCCAGUCAUGUGUCUGCAGCUAAUGUGAUGCGUACGCUGACUCCCAUGACCGCCGUCACACCCACAGCUCUUCCUUCUCUUCCGAUGCGAGUUCUCAUGAUCCUGAAAAUGGAGGGAUAGUUUGCAGAGACAGUUACAAGCAGACAUCUAAAACGAAAUCAUUUUCUCAUUUAAGAAGUUUGUCUGUGUAAGUCUGCAUAUAUCUCUUGUUUCCUAUUAAAACACAUAUAUGUAC